CACAUUUUCGACGAAUCGCGUAGUCUGAUUUGGACACGAAUGGUGUUCUUCCACGCAAACGCUUUGUACUUUGCUCUUCACCGGUUUCUGCAAUUCUAAGCCUUCAUACUUCCAUAAAUCCGUUAAAGUUCGUCACUUUCACCACUUCCCUCCUCACCCAAAUCCCCUUCUCUGUCAAAUUUGAGAUUUGCUGCCAACAAUCGUGUCUCAGUGAAACCCUUCUAAUCAUUUGGUAUGCAAUUCCAAUCUUGGGAUCUAGUUUUCACAUUCUUCAGAUCAUAGAUUCUAAUAUUCUAGGGGAAAGUUUUGAUCUUUGUAACUUUGUGCUAGAUUUGAUUAGAUUAUAUUAGAUUCUUAAUGCACUCUAGAAUCCUUAUGUACAACAAUGAAAUCCAAGAGUUUGAGCUUAGCUCCAGCUCUGACACUCUUCCCAGGCUUGAAACCCCCUCACAAAACCCUACUGUUUCACCAAAUCUCUGUUCUUGUUAUCACAUUCCUUGCUUAUGCUUCCUUCCAUGCCUCUAGGAAGCCCCCCAGUAUUGUCAAGAGUGUACUAGGACCAACUGUUGCAUCCAAUUUAACUCAAGUUGAUUCGGGUUGGCCGCCUUUUAAUGGAACUCGUGGCACUCACCGGCUUGGCGAGCUUGAUCUCGCAUUCCUUACUUCGUACUCGGUUGGCAUGUAUUUGGCGGGUCAUGUUGGCGAUCGGAUUGAUUUGAGGUUGUUCCUUGUGUUUGGGAUGAUGGGUAGUGGCAUUUUCACCGUGCUUUUCGGGUUAGGAUAUUGGUUGGAUGUUCAUGUUUUGGGGUUUUUUGUUGGUGUUCAGAUUGUUUGUGGAGUGUUUCAGUCAAUUGGGUGGCCUUGUGUGGUUGCUGUUGUGGGGAAUUGGCUGGGGGAAUCGAAGAGGGGAUUGAUAAUGGGGAUAUGGAACUCGCAUACCUCGGUGGGGAAUAUCAUUGGUUCGGUUGUGGCUUCAGGAGCUUUGGAAUUUGGAUGGGGUUGGUCAUUUUUGUUGCCUGGAUUUCUGAUUAUUUUUGUAGGGGUUUUGGUGUUUUUGUUUCUUGUUGUGAACCCUGAGGAUAUGGGGUUUGCACAUUCUGGAAUGGACAUUGAAAUGAGUGCUGAAGCUGAAAUACACAGUGAAGAGAAUCAGCAGAAAGUGGAAUCAGAGGAAGCAAAGCUUAUUGAGCCUGAUAAUUCAGAUUCUUCAUCUGCAAUUGGGUUUCUAGAGGCAUGGAAGUUGCCGGGAGUGGCUCCGUUUGCUUUCUGCCUCUUUUUCUCUAAGCUUGUGGCUUACACUUUUCUGUAUUGGUUGCCAUUCUACAUAAGGCACACAGCGGUUGCGGGUGUGCACUUGUCUCACAAAACUGCUGGUUUACUUUCAACAAUAUUUGACGUUGGAGGAGUCCUAGGCGGAAUCACUGCGGGUUUCAUUUCUGAUAUGAUUGAAGCUCGUGCCAUUACUUCAAUUCUGUUCUUGUUUCUUUCAAUUCCAGCUCUCAUUUUGUAUCGUGCUUUUGGAAGUAUCUCUAUGUUGACCAACAUCUCUUUAAUGUUUCUUUCUGGAUUUUUGGUGAAUGGUCCAUACUCACUAAUCACAACUGCUGUGGCUGCCGAUCUCGGUACACAGAGCUUGAAUGGUGGGAACUCACGGGCACUGGCUACUGUUACUGCAAUCAUAGAUGGUACUGGUUCUGUUGGAGCUGCUCUUGGACCACUUAUGGCUGGGUAUAUUUCAACUAGGGGAUGGAACAGUGUAUUUUUUAUGCUCAUUUUGUCUAUUUUCUUUGCUGGUUUAUUCUUGAUUCGUGUUGCUAGAACUGAGAUAAGAGAGAAGUUUUCAGGAUAGUGGUUUUAAAUAUUUAGAAACACAUUUGAUUGUUCAGUAUAGGAUCUAUAUUGAUGUUACAUGUAUGCCUUUUUCACAGUAAAUAGCCAUUGAUGGAGAGAUUGUUGAAUGCUUCA